UUUUCACCUUCCUCUUAUUCCCACCUUGGACUUCCCUUAUUGUCCUCAUCACCUUCUUCUCGACCUUUCUCUGAAUCUUCACGGUAGCAGCCGCCCUCCCUGAGUCUGCGGAUUGCUUUGUGCCUCAGUGUCCCCCUCAUCUCAUUUUCUCCCGACCCCCCUUCCGGCUCAGCGUCUGGGGGCCUGACCCUGGGGAAAGGAAGGAUGGUUCCCGAGGUGAGGGUCCUCCCCUCCUUGCUGGGACUCGCGCUGCUCUGGUUCCCCUUGGACUCUCACGCACGAGCCCGCCCAGACAUGUUCUGCCUUUUCCAUGGGAAGAGAUAUGCCCCCGGCGAGAGCUGGCACCCUUACCUGGAGCCCCAAGGCCUGAUGUAUUGCCUGCGCUGUACUUGCUCUGAGACUGCACAUGUGAGUUGUUACCGCCUCCACUGCCCGCCUGUCCACUGCCCCCAGCCUGUGACGGAGCCGCAGCAGUGCUGUCCCCGGUGUGUGGAACCUCACACCCCCUCUGGGCUCCGGGCCCCGCCAAGGUCCUGCCAGCACAAUGGGACCAUGUACCAACAUGGAGAAAUCUUCAGUGCCCACGAGCUGCUCCCUUCCCGCCUGCCCAACCAGUGUGUCCUCUGCAGCUGUACCGAGGGCCAGAUCUACUGUGGCCUCAUGACCUGCCCAGAACCAGGCUGCCCUGCACCGCUCCCGCUGCCCGCCUCCUGCUGCCAGGCCUGCAAAGACGGGUCAAGUGAGAAAUCAGAUGAAGAGGAUGCCACACAGCCACACCGUGGGGUGAGUCAUUCCCAGGAUCCGUGUUCAGGGGACGGCGGGAGAAAGAGAGACCCAAGCACCCCAACCCCCACUGGCCCCAGCGCCCCUCUGGGCUUCAUCCCUCGCCACUUCCGGCCAAAGGAGGCAGGCAGCACGACAGUCAAGAUUGUUCUGAAGGAGAAACAUAAGAAAGCCUGUGUGCAUGGCGGGAAGACGUACUCCCAUGGAGAGGUGUGGCACCCAGCCUUCCGCUCCUUCGGACCCCUGCCCUGCAUCCUGUGCACCUGUCAGGACGGACGCCAGGACUGCCAGCGGGUGACCUGCCCCACUGAAUACCCCUGCCAUCAGCCGGAGAAGGUGGCUGGGAAGUGCUGCAAGAUUUGUCCAGAGGACAAGGCAGACUCCGGCCACAGUGAGAUCAGUGCCACCAAGUGUCCGAAGGCGCCGGGCCGGGUCCUCGUCCACACAUCAGUAUCCCCAAGCCCGGACAACCUGCGUCGCUUUGCCCUCGAGCGUGAGGCCUCUGAGCAGGUGGAGAUCUACCUCUGGAAGCUGGUGAAAGAUGAGGAAACUGAGGCUCAGAGAGGUGAAGUACCUGGCCCAAGGCCACACAGCCAGAAUCUUCCACUUGAUUCAGAUCAAGAAAGUCAGGAAGCAAGAUUUCCAGAAAGAGGCACAGGACUUCCGGCUGCUCCCUGGCACCCACGAAGGUCACUGGAACGUCUUCCUAGCCCAGACCCCGGAACUGAAGGUCACGGCCAGUCCAGACAAAGUGACCAAGACCUUAUCACAGAGACCUGAACAGUUGCAGAUAUGAGCUUUAUCGUUUUUGUUGUUCUAUGUUAAUAAAUAAGAAGUUGCA